CACAUGGCCGGAGAGCCACAAAAACAACAGCUUUGGCCAAGACCGUGACUUCAGGAAAGGGAACCCGGGGCUCUCGCAGCCAGCCCCCACCCCAUGGAGGAGAGUUUCCUUGAAUCCUUUGGGAGGCUGAGCCUCCAGCAGCAGCAGCAGCAGCAGCAGCCUCGGCCGCCAGCCCCGCCGCCCCCGCGUGGGACACCUCCGCGCCGCCACAGCUUUAGGAAACACCUCUACCUCCUGCGAGGCCUCCCGGGCUCGGGGAAAACUACGCUGGCCAGACAAUUGCAACACGACUUUCCCAGGGCCCUGAUUUUCAGCACGGAUGAUUUUUUCUUCAGGGAAGACGGUGCCUAUGAGUUCAAUCCUGACUUCCUGGAGGAAGCACAUGAAUGGAACCAGAAAAGAGCCAGAAAAGCAAUGAGGAAUGGCAUAUCCCCCAUUAUUAUUGAUAAUACCAACCUCCACGCCUGGGAAAUGAAGCCCUAUGCAGUCAUGGCACUUGAAAAUAACUAUGAAGUUAUAUUCCGAGAACCUGACACUCGCUGGAAAUUCAACGUUCAAGAGUUAGCAAGAAGAAACAUUCAUGGAGUCCCAAGAGAAAAAAUACACCGAAUGAAAGAGCGGUAUGAACACGAUGUUACCUUUCACAGUGUGCUUCAUGCAGAAAAACCAAGCAGAAUGAACAGAAACCAGGACAGGAAUAACGCAUCACCUUCCAACAGCACACGAUACUGGAAUCCCUAUGCAGAGUUUCCCAACCGGAGGGCUCCUGGUGGCUUCACAAACGAGGGAUCCUUUAACAGAAGAGGCGGUUGUCACCAUGGAUAUUAGAGGCCUAUCUUAACAGGCAUUCAAAAUUUUCCUAAAUCAGUUUUUACUGCAAAUUUUGGUAUUUAUUUGUUCAGGUUUUGUCAGAGCUCUAAUUCCAGUGUAAAUAGUUGGACCUGAAAGUUUUUGAGAAGUCAUACUCCUCUUCAACAAGCUUUUGUUAAAGUGAUCCUAUAUGCAUGGUCUGAUGCUGGGAAUUCUCUAGGGAAACCAGAAAUUGGAAACUGAAACCUGAGAGUGUACCCAAGUGCAUAAGCAGUCACCUAAGUUCAAUAUAUAGAAGCUUCAGUACCACUUUCUUUGAGGUAAUCUAUUUUUCCAGGAAAUUCAUCUCCAUCAGGAAAGUUGGAUAGGUGGGGGAGAAGUGAAGGCAGGAAAAAUGUUAGUGCUUUUGCUAUUUUGAUAAUCUGUGUAUCCAGAAAUGUGAGAUGUGUGGCUGUCAUGAUAGAUUUUCCUUUAAAAUGCAUAUGCUGGAGAGCAUACAUCUAAGGGAAUAUUGUCCUUCAAAGCAGACACUUUGGGAGAUUAUGCCUUUAUUCUGGUGUUGUGUCGUUAAAAAUGUCUGUUGGAUCCUUCUUUUCAAAAAUUUCUUUUAGAGACAGUGAGAGAGAGUGCGGGGGAGGAGUAGAAGGAAUGGGAGAGAGAAUCCUAAGCAUGCCCCUUGCUCAGCAUGGAGCCUGAUGUGGGGCUCCACCUCAGGACCCUGAGAUAGGACUUGAGCUGAAAUCAAGAGUCAGGCACUCAACCCACUGAGCCACCCAGGUGUCCCUGUUGGAUCUUUCUUAACAGCUACAUAAGCUACUGAGGAAAAUCAGUAUCAUUAUUUAAAAUCACAUCUUGGUUUUUAACUAUCAACUUUAAUGAAUAGGAUUUAACCUGAUUAACUUUGGCUGUUGUGCUAAUAGUGUAAAUAAAAGAAGCCUGACUUUAUAAAGUACCAAUUUUUAAGACAAAGAGUUGAGCAGUUUUUAAAAUUAUGCAUAUAAAUAGACAUGUGUGUAAUCAGUUGGCUGCCCAAAUGUUUGGGAGUGCAAGGAAUUAAGCAUCCCAAGAUAGAAGUCAUAGGGGUAUGUAAAAGUCAUGCUCAUUGUAAGAUGAGCAGUGUUGGUGUUUUAUAUGGCAUUAUUUAAGACAAAGUUCUACACAACUGUGGAAUAU